AAUGGAAAAUACCUCCGAUGCUGCUCGAUGAUGCGGGCCAAGGCUUCGUCUGGUGCCUUUCGUGCCGUUCAAACCCCUCCUUCCAAGAGGGACAUGAGUGCCUAGCAUCCCUAUGUGAUUAUUUGAGUAGCUUGCUGUGCAGACAGAUGUAUGAACCCUCGUCAUACUAAGCCUGGAGACGAGUGGUGGUGAACUACCAACGGUUAACUCGCCAAUUAUUAUUGCAGACAGCCCUGCGCAUAUUGAAGUGCGUCUGUACCUUCC